AUGCAAACACUCAAAACUUCUCUCACCCUUGUUUCGAUCCUCAUUUUUGCUGCUACUGCAUCUGUAAAAUCCUGCAACGAAGUAGACAAAGAAGCGUUGCUCGAUCUUAAACAUCGCAUUACAGACGACCCAUCAGCGUUACUCAAAACAUGGGUCACCAACACAGACUGCUGCACUUCAUGGGCCGGAGUGGACUGCGAUCGGCCCACGGGAAGGGUAGUGAACGUCUCAAUGUCCGGUCUCCAAUCCGGGGAUGACUUCAUUUUGGACACCACCAUGUCAGGUACGCUCUCUCCUUUCCUCGGCAACCUUACCUUCCUCGAACUCCUCGAUCUUAGCAACAAUAAAGACCUAACUGGUCCAAUCCCACCUGAACUAGGGAAGUUGUCACACUUAACCUUUCUUUUUCUAGACACAAAUCAGCUAAAUGGUUCAAUACCCUCCUCAUUUACAAACCUCCAUAAGCUACAAAAGUUGUACCUUAGUAACAAUAAACUCUCUAGCUCAAUACCCAACUCCAUGUUUCAAUCAAUGACAUCCCUGUUAGAAUUGGGUUUAUCUGGAAACAGAUUAACCGGACCAAUUCCAGCAACGAUUGAGAAUUUGCUUCAACUUAAUAAGCUUGAUCUUAAUACCAAUAAUAUAUCCGGUAACAUUCCAAUUGGUAUAAGAAAACUUAAAAAACUUACAUACAUUGAUUUAUCCUUAAACAAUAUCAGAGGAAGUAUACCAGAUUCCAUAACUGAACUUUCACAGUUAAAUCUUUUAUAUCUAAAUGAUAACAAACUUACCGGAUCAAUUCCUUCCUCCAUAGGCAGACUUCUUUCUUUGCAAUUCCUUCGGCUUUGGAACAAUAAACUGAGUGGUGUUUUACCAAAUUCAAUAGGAAGUCUUCCCCAAAUACAAAGAAUGUACCUAGAUAACAAUAACAUUACCGGAAAGUUACCAUCAAGUUUAGGAAAUCUUGGUAUGUUAACAGAGAUGUCAAUCACAAACAAUUACCUCAUAGGCUCAAUCCCAGCUAGUUUUGGUAAUCUCAGAAACCUCUUAAUACUGGAUUUGUCUGGAAAUCAGCUUAUUGGCCCUUUACCUCCACAACUUGUUCAACUACAGCUGUUACAGACACUUAGCUUAUCCUUCAAUCCUCUUAAGCUUGUGACAAUACCCAGUUGGAUCUCUAAAUUAAACCUCUUUCAACUAAAGUUAGCAGGAACAGGGCUCAGAGGGGAACAGCUACCACAUUGGUUAUCUACCUCAUCAAUAAACUAUCUCGAUUUGUCGAGUAAUAAACUCACGGGGAAGUUACCUUCAUGGAUAGGUAACAUGAGUAGUUUAUGGUUCUUUAAUAUAUCCAACAAUGGAUUCUACUCUUCCAUUCCUGUAGAAUUCAGGAAACUCUCAAACCUUCAGAACCUUGAUCUGCACUCAAACAAGUUUUCAGGCCCGUUGGGAAUAAUUUUCACACAAGGGUCUUACACCAACAUCGAUGUGUCUAGUAACAUGUUCACGGGCCCACUUGAUGAAAACAUGGGUGAUAAAGCUGUCAUGAACUCCAUCACUUCCUUGAUCUUGUCGAAUAACCCGUUGGGAGGAUCCAUACCAAAGUCGAUAGGGAACUUGACUCGGCUCCAAGUGGUGGAGAUGGUGGAUAAUCGGUUAUCAGGAGGAAUACCCAAAGAACUUGAGAAUGCCAAGGAAUUGACAACAAUUUUGCUGUCAAGAAAUAGCUUGAGUGGGAGUAUUCCAAGAAAUUUGUUGAAUUUGGAGAACCUGAAAGUGUUUGAUGUAUCAAGGAAUAAACUAAGUGGGCCUAUUCCUCCACACAAGGCUGACGUUCCUGCUUCUGCGUUUUCGGGUAAUGCCGGGCUUUGUGGUGCUCCGCUACCUCCCUGUAAGCACUGAUACUUGGUUGUAGUCCUUCUGUUUAUCAAGUAUCAACAUAAUUUCUGUCAGUAAUUAUUUUUGAUAUACGCAAGUUUGUUUUAUAUAUAAAUGUAAUUGUCAAAGGUAAUUCUUGUAUUUAUACAAGUAUUCUACUCCCUCCGUCCCUUAAUACUCGCACCGGUUUGACCGGUGCGGAGUUUAAGACAUUUGAAUUUGAAUUAUUAAUUUAAUGGGUGUUUGUUGA